AUGUCAUGGGUGCCACGACGCGCUGCCAGAUGCAUGAUUGAGUCUGCAGUAGAGUGGAGUAAUAUGUCCGAGCAUUCGUCACCGGUGCGUGGGUAUUCAGGCGUGGAGGUCCCUGCUCACGUAUGGGGUGGCGUGUGCCUCGUCUUGGUGCUGGCAGGGGUGGCAGGUGUGGGCGUCUCCGUGCCACUGGCUCUCAGGGUCGACCACAAUGCAAAGUUGCAGGAGAGAUUGUCUUCUGCAACGACGCUGUUGAGAGAGUCGCCGCUUAUUGAUGGACACAAUGACCUCCCGUGGAACAUCCGGAAGUUUAUGCACAACAAACUCCACAGUUUCAACUUCACGGCGGAACUGAAAAAACUUCGUCCCUGGUCUCGGUCCUCUUGGUCUCACACGGACCUCCCGCGGUUACGACGAGGCAUGGUGGGCGCGCAGUUCUGGGUGUCGUACGUCCCCUGUGAAUCGCAGAGACUCAACGCCGUGCAACUCACAAUUGAACAGAUCGAUCUCAUCAAAAGGCUUGUCGAUCAGUACCCGGAUGACCUUCGGCUGGCUACAUCUGCUGACGAAGUAGAAGCGGCCUUCACGGAGGGUCGCAUCGCCAGCCUGAUCGGCGUCGAGGGAGGCCACGCCAUCCAGAAUUCCCUCGGCGUCCUGCGUGCACUUCGGGACCUGGGCGUUCGGUACCUCACCCUGACUCACACGUGCAGCACGCCAUGGGCUGAGAGCGCGCGCGCCCGCGAGACUGACCUUGAAGAUCCAGAUUCUCCCCGAGGCCUCACCCAGUUCGGCAAAACAGUGGUGCGCGAGAUGAACCGCCUUGGCCUCAUGGUAGACUUGAGCCACGUCUCCCAGGCAACGAUGAAGGCAGCGCUCGACGUCUCACGGGCGCCCAUCAUCUUCAGCCAUUCCUCCGUCUACGCCAUCUGCAAGAACCCGAGGAACGUACCUGAUGACAUUUUGAGACAGGUGGCCAUGAACGGUGGCAUUGUCAUGGUCAGUUUCUACAACCACUUCCUGACGUGCAGUGAACAGGCUACCGUUAAGGAUGUUGUAGACCACAUCAACCACGUGAGAAAGAUCGCAGGAAUCAAGCACGUGGGCAUCGGUGCGGACUUCGACGGUGUCAACAAGCUCCCGGAGAAUUUGGAAGACGUCUCGAAGUAUCCGCACCUGUUCGCGGAGCUCUUGUCCGACCCGACGUGGACGAUCGAGGACUUGAAGAAGCUGGCGGGACAGAACCUCUUGCGAGUCAUGAGGGACGUCGAGAAGGUCCGCCUCGAGAUGAAGCAGCAGAGGGUGCCACCUUUCGAGCAGGAGGUGCCAGCAUCGCAGCUCGUGGGCCUCACCAACUGCUCGUAUCAGUUCAUCAAGUCAUCAGACGAUUCCUAGUGAUUGCGUUCUUAGUCUCUGUCUGUUGUCGUGUGGAUGAAGUGGGUGUAGAUAAUGUUAUGUGAGCUUAGGAGACGAAAUAAAAAAGAAAAAAAAAAGAAAAUAAACAGACCAAAUCCUUUAUUUGUCACGUGGGGUUCAUAGAUUAAAAGAACAAGAUGCUUUGUGUAAUGUGUAUGAUAAAGAAUGACUAUCAUUGAUAUAGAUUAGAUAUAAAUAUAUAUAUAUAUAUAUUAAAAGAAAUCGUUACGCACAAUCAUAUAAUUUUAUAUGACUUUGUUUACUGUGGCUGAUGUCUGUGAGUGUUAUCUGUACGUGAGAAUUUAGCUUCACAAUUAAAUUUAGAAACAGAAUGACUGUACUGAAAUACGCUAGGAAUUCAAAGUUCACCACAUGCUUGUUCUGUAGGGAGUAAUUUAAGACUGUAACGAUAAUAAAUGAAAAAUUAAUAGUAAUACUUAAGGGGCCACUUCACACGAAAUACCAACUUUUUUUUAGAAGGGAUCAUUAGGUAAAGUUUAUGUCUGAAAUUUUAGCCUUAUUAUUCUAAGGACUGAGAUAGGCGGAUAAUGAUAAUAAAUAAAUAAAUAAAGAUUUCAAAUAUAGGGCAAAAUGGCCUAGAUAAAAAGCUUUUCUCAUAGGCUAACAAUACCCCCCCCCCCCUCCUAUUUUCUUGGUAAAUGUACAAGGCUGAUUAUAUUAAAACCCUUCGUAUGCGCACGGUGAUUCAUGAACGUGCAUGCGAUAUAAAAUGCAUGACGGUAUCAGAGAUCAGACAGAUUCUCUUUUAUAAAUCUGAAGGUGAUAACCGACUCUUAAAUAACAUCACUGAAAUAUCUAGCAGGAAAAUCCAUACAUAAAGAUUUUAAAAAUUGACACUAAAAUCCUUUUUUUAAAACAAGUUAAGUUUUAAUAGUCCAAUUACAAAUUUGAUGUGCUCUUUUAAAACACGUCUAGGA